GGAUCGGGGAAUUCCCUAAUUCGAAAAUGGGAACGUGGAACCGAGGAUUUAAACUCGGUGGACUCCGAUUCUCGGCCUUCAAUUAAUUUCUAUAAGAUUUUAGACAUAUCGACAUGGAGUAUGGGAAGGAAUAAAAUUGUAGGAAACAGAAUCCCGCAGUGUAUCCGGAUUGGGAGGCAAAUGAAGGCAAAUCAGGAGAUUAAUCAUCAUCCACCCCUCCGGCCCCCGGGCUUUCCCCCACUGAACGUUCAUAGAAAAAACCCACUUGUGGCCCCAACUUCUGUCUCCUUCUCUCCGGCUUCUAUCCUACAACAUCGCCAAAUUCACGAUUCACACGAAUCGAAAUACAAUCACCUCGCAGGUGCUUCGACAUCCAUCGCACUCGCGACACAUCCGCACCGAGCCGCAUUCGGUAUCUGA